UUCCCUGAGAUUAAAUGUGUUUUUUUUUUUUUUAUUUCUCAUAUUUUUGCUGGAGUUUAGUACUAUUCGCCCCAGAAACAAUUGUAUUUUGAUACUUUUUUUUUAAAUUUUUUGUUUUUCUGAGGGAUGUUGGACAUUUUGGAUACAUUGGAUAGUUAUGAGGAAGUUAUUACGAAGACAAGUCCUAAUUUACACGAUUAUUUUGCGGGAAGAGACAGCAGGUUGGCGGGUGCAUUGGGUGUUAUACAUUUUAAUAUUCGGAGUCUGAGGAAGCAUUUUGAUGAAUUGCUCGUAUACUUGGAGAGAAACUUGAAUAAUUUGGAUGUCAUAGUCCUGUCGGAAACAUGGAAUCUUGAUUCGAGGUGGAAAGAUGGAGCGAGAUUUUAUCGUGUAAAGAGACACAGAGAGGUUAUAGUGUCUUUGUUGAUGUGUUGGGGAAACAUAUCGCUGAGUCAACUGAAACAAUGCUACGCAAGAAAGGUAGAAACAAGCUGAAGCCGUGGAU